AUGACGCCCCGCCCAAGUUCCACCACUAGCUGGGGCAACAAUGGCGGGUGGGAAGGCAGGGGAAGCCCAAAUCCUCGAUGGGAUAUGGGAUGGGUCGAUUUUGGGAGAGCAGACAGGCAGCGCAGGCACCCCGACGCUGGCACAGUGUCAGUCAGUGCUUCAGAGCCCUCGGCCAUCCCCAAGCUGUAUGACGACGCCCGUCCAAGUCUAAAGCGAGGUGGUGCUGGCGGGAGGCGUCGGUUAGCUGGGCUGCUCGUUUCGUUUGCAACCGUGAACUCUGUCUCCUCGUCCCCAGUCCGCUGGGAUCCGAUCAAGAGGUCCCCUGCCCUCUCCCUCCUAUUCGGCAGCUACUGA